UGUAUACGGAAAUUGUUUCUCUCUUACCAAUCAAGAUCUGGUAUUUUGGAGUUAUAAACAUUUUCUUAAAAAAUAAUAUUUUUUAUAAUUUAAGAACAUAUCACUAUAUAUUUUUUAAAAAAAAAUUUGGGGACUAGACUAAUGUUUCAUGCGACACUACUCCGAUCCGGCCACGAAGAUUACCCCAAAAUAUAAAUAAACUUUAGUAGAACAAAACAUCCAUUUCACCGACCCAACAUUUAGGCGAUUUUUCAAAUGUUUAGCAAAUAAAAAUUAAAAUACUUUUUUGCGUAAUUAUCAACAUCACAGUUGACAAUACCCGACACUGCAUGGUGGUGGGUAGGACCGUUUUUCCGUCACGGGUCUCUUGUCUUCUCUAAAUUUCACUAUAAAAAAAAACUAAAACAUUAAUGACUUGUGUUUUUAGCCCUGAAAAUUAAUGAGAUUUGUGUUACUCUCUUAACAAUAACUCAGAAAAUACAGGCAGUGGGGGCUGAAGCCAUUAUGGACAGGCAACCUCGAUCAUAAGUCUUGAACACGUUUGUUUUGGUUGAGAUGCCGUGAACAAGUUGUUGUACGUAACAUAAACUCGGAAAAUAUAAAACAAUGAUCAAAUAUUCCUUCAAAAAGCGUCACACUUAAAAACAUUUUCACUUAAUUUACAUACAUGAUAUAUGAAUUUGGUUCUUGAUUUAGGUUUUGAUUCCGUAUCCGAAUGGGAAGAGAGGGUCAUAUUUGUUGUCGCCACGUUCUGAGCCACACUCUUCAUCCACGUGCGAGGCAAGGUGCCGUCGAAGGGAUGAUCGCCAAACAAGACAUCAGCAACUCCUUGUCCUUCGGUUCCUGGAAGCCAAGCGACUGCAAGAGCGUCGAUGGUGCCAAGGUAGGGCUCGAUCACGAGGAGACUUCCUGUGACUAGGUCCCUAGGACCACUUGACACUUCAUGCCACUACCAUACGUGUGGCUGAUCGUUUAUGGACCUGGUGCGGCUGUCCCCUUGUGUAUCUUCAUAAGGAGCUUCACCUACGUACACAAUUGUGUAUGCUGCGUCGGCGUGAAGCUUUGAUCAGGGGUGAAGGCACACUGUGGACAUUGGACAAUGGGUGCAGGUACACCAUAAAAAUAAUAAAGUUUAUACUUUUAAGCUCAAAACUAUAAGAAUUUGUUAGAUGACUAGGGCCUAAUUAGGUAUAUCGGGAAUUAAUGGGCUUUAGAUUACUAGGGCCUACCUAAGUCUUAGGCAAACUUUUUAGGGCCCAACUAGGAUCAAACUAUGAAAGUACCCUCAGGAGUCUUGCCACUAAAUCUAAUAGACUAGCUGAUCCGCACUAAGUUUACGCGUCCAGACAGGCAGGCACGUUCUGUCUGACUUGACAAAUAUAACUUUUAGAAUUAUUUACUUAAUUUUAAUUCGAAUCUAAGCAUUUUUCUUCUUUUGGAACUUUUUAAAUCUCUUCGUUGAUCCUUCCCUUUACGAGCUAGAAUUCCAAAACGCGUCAAAACUUUUUUUACUGACGUCAUUACAAAUUACAAACACCAUAAAUCUCGGUAGAUUUGUCUUUAGUUCCAUUGAUUCUCUCCUUAGAUUUCGUAUCGUGUCUGAAUCCGGACAAAAUCCUUGUGUCGGAACCAGAAGAAGUAGAAGAUGAUAGAAAAGUGCUUAGGAACGCAUCGCUGUCGGAAAUUACAGAGAGUCUGGCGUCAAGGAAAAGUGACGCUCCUCUGCCUCGUCCUCACCGUCGUCGUCCUACGCGGCACAAUCGGAGCCGGUAAGUUCGGUACGCCGGAGCAAGACAUCGAGGAGAUCCGCGAGCAUUUCUUCUACUCUCGCAAACGCGCCGAGCCUCACCGCGUUCUCGUCGAAAUCUCAUCCGAAACGACGUCGUCCACGGGAGACGGAAACGGCAACAACUACGAGACGUUCGAUUUCAACAAGAUAUUCGUCGACGAAGGAGAUGAAGAGAAAUCCGAAGAAAACCGGAAUAAACCGUACUCUCUCGGUCCGAAGAUCUCCGACUGGGAUGAGCAGAGGCGUGACUGGCUCAAACAAAACCCGAGUUUCCCAAACUUCGUGGCGCCGAACAAGCCUAGGGUUCUUCUCGUCACGGGCUCAGCUCCCAAGCCGUGCGAGAAUCCUGUGGGAGACCAUUACCUCUUGAAAUCGAUCAAGAACAAGAUCGAUUACUGUCGGAUCCACGGAAUCGAGAUCUUCUACAACAUGGCGUUGCUCGACGCUGAGAUGGCUGGGUUCUGGGCUAAGCUUCCGUUGAUUCGGAAACUGUUGCUGUCGCAUCCUGAGAUCGAGUUUCUAUGGUGGAUGGACAGUGAUGCGAUGUUUACGGACAUGGUGUUCGAGCUUCCGUGGGAGAGGUACGAGGAUUAUAAUCUCGUGAUGCACGGUUGGAACGAGAUGGUUUAUGAACAGAAGAAUUGGAUUGGGCUUAAUACGGGAAGUUUCUUGCUUAGGAACUCGCAAUGGGCCCUUGAUUUACUCGACGCUUGGGCUCCAAUGGGCCCGAAAGGGAAAGUCCGAGAAGAAGCGGGUAAAGUCUUGACCCGGGAGCUCAAAGACCGACCCGCUUUCGAGGCUGACGAUCAGUCGGCGAUGGUUUAUCUUUUAGCUACGGAGAGGGAGAAAUGGGGAGGGAAAGUGUAUCUGGAGAGUGGUUAUUACUUGCACGGUUAUUGGGGGAUUUUGGUGGACCGGUACGAGGAGAUGAUUGAGAGUCAUAAACCGGGUUUUGGAGACCAUCGGUGGCCACUUGUCACGCAUUUCGUCGGGUGUAAACCGUGCGGGAAAUUUGGUGAUUAUCCGGUGGAAAGGUGUCUACGUCAGAUGGAUAGAGCGUUUAAUUUUGGGGACAAUCAGAUCCUUCAGAUGUAUGGGUUCACUCAUAAGUCGCUAGGGAGCCGGCGCGUGAAACCAACGCGCAAUCAGACGGAUAGGCCGCUUGAUGCCAAGGACGAGUUUGGGUUGCUUCAUCCGUCGUUUAAAGCGGUGAAGCUCACGACGUGAGGAAGAGUAUUCUUUUUUUUUGUUACUUUAGGGACACGUUAUGUUUCAUUUCAUUUCUUUAUUUAACUUGUUGGUAGUUUCCUUAAUUAAGAUAUACUAUAAUCUUGAUCUCCCGUUGAUGGCGGAGAACGUG